GUAAUAAAGAUAACUACAUUUGAUGUUAUGAUAAAACGAAUUAGGAAUGCAAUUGUAGGAAUUAAUAAAAAUCAACGAGAAAUUUGUCAUAUUAGAAACAGCAUAGUGGCAAACUUCUAUUUGUGUAGAAGAGAGACAUUUUAAACAGUACAUUUAAAUAACUUUUGAAUGAACCGUUAGAUGACCUAUCUUCGUAUAACCUUUCUUUCUUAUUUUGGAGCGUGGAAUACGCCCACAACUUUUGUAUGAGAAAACUUCAGACAUUUUAUAUAUUCUAUCUUAUUCUUUUUACUUUUUUACUUUUGUUGUCCAACUUUCACUCUGCCCUCUGAAGUAAGAUUGACUUUACUACUCCAUAACCUCUCUUUACUGUUUGUUAAGCAAAUAUUAGUGUCUACAUUUCUAUAAUAAGUAUUAAGAUUAACUAAUAAUUCUUUAGUAAAGUUAAAAGAUAUUUGAACUUACAUUAUUGAUUGUUACUAUUAUGGAAGGCAAAAGUAACGAACAGAUAAAUUUACCAGAAGUAAUUAUUAAAACAGAACCUUUGGAUCAAAACAAUGUUCAGUCAGAUGUACAGCAGUCCCAAAUACAACCAGUUUGUGCAGAAAAAGAAUGUGAACAGCGUAUUGAAUGUACCACAGAAUUUCAAGAUACUGAAACUCGAGCAUUUUUAUCAAAAUGUAUAUUUUGUGAGAAAACAUUUACCAUCGGCGAUGAUCCUAAACUCUUGGAGUGUUUACAUGCAUCUUGUACUACAUGUGUCAAUAAUAAAAUUGCAGAUCAAAACACAUCUGCUGAUGUUGAUGUUUUAUUGGAGAGCAAUGUUAUUGUUUGUCAAAUUUGUAAUGUUACCAGUCAAGUAGAAAAUUUAAUUGAGAAUAGAUUUAUUUCAAAAAUUAUCGAAGAAGAUAAUACGGGAACAGAUGAUGAAUCUAUAGAAACAGAAGAAGAAAAAAAAUGUACUAGUUGUCACGAUAAUGCUAUUGCUACUAGUUGGUGUGUGGAAUGUGAAGAAUUCAUUUGUCAAAGCUGCGUCAUGGCUCAUCAAAGGUUAAAGAUAACAAAAGAUCAUACAAUUAAACCAAAGGAAGAAGUUGCAAAUGACAGAGACAAUAUUAAAAAGGGUAUCAAAAAAGUACCUACUUAUUUAUUUUGUACUAUUCAUUCCCACGAACAAUUAUCCUUAUUUUGUCAGACCUGCGAUAGAUUAACUUGCAGGGAUUGUCAAUUGUCUGAUCAUCGUGAUCAUAAAUAUAAAUUCAUCCAUGAAAUUGCAGCAGAAACAAAAUCUUGUGUCUCAACACUUUUAAAGGAAGUUAGUUAUAAGCGAGUUUUAUUACGAAGUGCUAUGAAAGUUAUAGAAGAUAGACAAAUUUUAAUUGUGGAAAAAAAAAAGACUUUAGUUCAAGAAAUAACUCAGAUGGUAGUACAAUUAACAAAUGCUAUUAAUACAAGAGGUAAAUUAUUAGUCAUGCGCUUAAAUGAAGUUUGCGAUCAGAAACAAAAUACAUUAAAUGAAAAGAAGGUCGCUUUGGAUCAAUUGUCUAAACUUACAGAUCAUUGUAUACAGUUUGUGAGUCAUGCUUUGAGUAAGGGUACAGAUAUGGAACUUUUGUAUAGUAAAAAAUCUGUUACAAGUCAUUUACAACGUAUAAAAAGUCGACGUGCUGAUAUUCCUAAUCCGGAAAUACCAGUUAGAAUACAUUUAUCUUUUGACAAAGUGCCAGAUUUAAUAAAAGUUGUUUCAUCUAUUGGAGCAAUAGUAGUAGAUGGAAGAGUAUAUCCUUCAAUAUCUCCAUCUGCUGGUUCCAGCUCACAAUCUGUCCCACUUCACGAACCACAGUCUGAACAAAAACAAACAAAUAUUUCUAUCAAUACACCUGUAGAUAAUUCAGUUAUUGCUGUUCCUCUUCCUAUUGUGACUCAACAGCCUAACAAUACACAACAAAAUUCUUAUCAACAAAUUCCAGUUCAUCUUACAACUCAACAACAACCACAACAACAAGUACCAUCUCCAAAUUACAUGCAACAACAUUUCCCUGCACACAAUAUGCCUCGUUUAUCUCCACAAAUACAGCAUACUUAUAAUAAUAAAUUACAACAGCCACUCAUGAUGCCACAACGUCCAUUAAGUGGCUGUCAUCAACAAGUUACAUCAUCUACGCAUCCACACCAACAAGUACAUUUAGAGACACUUGGUCAAAAUACAAGUCUACGUGGUCUUUUGGCACAUAAUCCUCCACCAUUUCGACCUGCUAUUAAUACUGUACCAUAUCGAAUAUUACCAUAUCGAUAUCCUCCUGGAGCUUCUCAAAGACCUAUGCCACCAAAUUCAUACCAACCAACAAAUACACCUGUAGUAUCAGGUAUUCGAUUACAACAAUGUAAUCCUACUACUCCAUCAACUCAACACGUAAAUUAUGGCUCGAUACAGCAACCUGUAGCACGUUGGCAUAUUCCUCAGAAUAUAUGUCUUCCAUUUUAUGGUGGUGCUCGACAUCAAUCUACAUCACUUAUGACAGUUCCUGCUAAUGAAACAUACAAAAUAACAUUGAAAAAUCAACAAUCAAAUAAUCAAAAGUACAGUAAUAUUAAUGUUACUACUAAUUCAGAUAUGCCAUCACAAUCACCAAAUACAGUAUCUGUGGGACAUGCAGUAAGUUCAUCAGUACCCAAAACACCCAGUCCUGUACCACCUGGCAAGACAGAUGAAACAGAGAAAAGUUUAGACAAAUUUUGUCAAAAAUCAUUAAAUGAUUUAAUGCUUACUAUUGCGAAAUUAGAUAGCAAUGGUAUUGUAGUAAUACCAGAAGCCCAAAAAAAUAGUGUGACUUCUAUUCAAGUAGAUAGUUCGACUGACGAAGGACUAAAUGCAAUGGUAGUAGAGAAUUCUUCAGAUAAUCCAAAAAACACUACAGCAUCUAUGGUGAAAGAUGAUCCAAAUGAAGACUGGUGUGCUGUAUGCAUGGAUGGUGGAGAUGCAGUAUUAUGUUGCGAUAAGUGUCCAAAAGUCUUCCAUCUUUAUUGUCAUAUACCUAGUUUGAAAUCAUUUCCUGACGAAAGUGAAACUUGGCAAUGUAUGCUAUGUACAAAUAUUCUUGAUUGCUCUGAUGAUCCACCUGGAGAAAAAAAAGCGAAUUCUAUGAGUGCCAAGGAGUUAAGAAUAGCCCAAAGAGUUGUUCUAGAACUAUAUUGUCAAUAUGAACAAAGUUUACCAUUUCGAGAAAUUGUAUCCUCAGAGAUAACUGAAUACCAUCGCAUCAUCAAGAAACCUAUUGCAUUAGAUGUAAUCCGAGACAAAUUAAAACCUGAUCAUCCAAAUCAUUAUACAGAUUUAAGACAAGUUAUGACAGAUAUUAGACUGAUGUUUAAAAACGCCUUUAUUUAUAAUCCCGUGGAAUCACAAGUAUACCAAGAAGCACGUAAUUUAGAAGAAUUUUUUGAAAAAUUGUUACUCAAAUGGGCUCCAAAUUAUGCAUACGACGAUCCUUUUCUUUCUGCUAAUAGAGAAGAAGAUGAGGAAGUUUUCCCUCCAAAUAAAAAAUAUCGACGCAUAAUUACUGAUUAAUAUUUAAUUAAAAUAAAAAUUAAAAUUAACACACAAUUAGAAGUUUUAUGAUGAAUUAACAAAAUACUUUGCAUGAAUAUUUCUGAAAAGUAAAGUAAAACAGUGAAGUUAUUAAAGUGACACUAUUAGAUAUACAGUAGGACCUCAGUUUAUUCGCGUCGUUGUAUUUGUAAGUAGCCAAGUAUAUUUUGGUAAGUACAAUGACAUAGAUAAAUGAAGAUCUUACUGUAUAUCUCGACUUGAUUUGAAUGUUUAUUAACCACUUAGGCACUGCACGCCAUUAUAGUGGCUUCUGUGGAUAUUGAUGUACGAAAUAUUACCAUUUAAAAAUACAGCGUCGCGGAAAGAUCUGCAGUAGCAAAAAGGUUAACAAACAGAAGAUAAAAAACGAUCGAUUAAAAGAUUUAUAAAUAAAUAUAAGAACAGAUAACUGAGCCUUCGAAAACCAAACUUUAGUUAAUCGAGGUCCUGCUGUAUUUUGAUACUUACAAAAAUUCAUGUUUUUUUUUUUUAACAGCUUUAUUUUUAAAAGCGAUUUUAACUAAUGUUCUUUUAUAAAUAU